AGAGGGGCGGCGGGGCCGAGGCGGCGGGGGGGCCCGGCGGGGCCGGGGCGGCGCAGGCCCUGACGAUGUCGGAGGGGAUCAUGAGCAAGGCCGCCACCAUGGAGAUCCCCAUCGGCAGCAACGGGGACGCCGGCAGCCUGCCCGAGGACGACGGCUUAGAGCAGGACCUGCAGCAGGUGAUGGUGUCAGGGCCCAACCUCAACGAAACCAGCAUCGUGUCUGGCGGCUACGGGGGCACCGCCGAAGGCAUCAUCCCCACCAGCACGAUCAAAGGCUCUGGGCUGCACCAGCCCCAUCCCAGCCCGCCAGUUGGAGGGGAGGAGGUCGUCCGUGGUAUCGCUGUGGAGAAGUUUGACAUUGUCAAGAAGUGGGGCAUCAACACGUACAAGUGCACCAAGCAGCUCAUCUCGGAGAGGUUUGGCCGGGGCUCCCGCACGGUGGACUUGGAGCUGGAGACGCAGAUCGAGCUGCUUCGGGAGACAAAGCGCAAGUACGAGUGCGUGCUGCAGCUUGCGCGGGCUCUCACCAACCACUUCUACAGCCUGGUGCAGACACAGCAUGCCCUGGGGGAUGCCUUUGCGGACCUCAGCCAGAAGUCUCCUGAGCUGCAGGAGGAGUUUGGUUACAAUGCGGAGACACAGAAACUGCUCUGCAAGAAUGGAGAAACACUACUGGGAGCCGUCAACUUCUUUGUCUCCAGCAUCAACACGCUGGUGAACAAGACCAUGGAGGACACGCUCAUGACGGUCAAGCAGUACGAGACAGCCAGGCUGGAGUAUGACGCCUACCGCACGGACCUGGAGGAGCUGAGCAUGGGUCCCCGGGACGCCAGCACCCUGUGCCGGCUGGACGCAGCCCAGAGCCAGUUUCAGAGCCACAAGGACAAGUAUGAAAAGCUGCGUGCUGAUGUGGCCAUCAAGCUCAAGUUCUUGGAGGAGAACAAGAUCAAGGUGAUGCACAAGCAGCUUCUGCUCUUUCACAACGCCAUCUCUGCCUACUUUGCUGGGAACCAGCAGCAGUUGGAGCAGACCCUCAAGCAGUUCAACAUCAAGCUGAAGACCCCUGGUGCUGAGAAGCCCUCCUGGCUGGAGAGGAGCAGUGAGCCCCCCAGCCUGCCCCACCUUGUGCUCUGGCCGGGGAAGCCAUGGGCCUGAACUCAGACCUCUGACUGCUGGUGCAGGGCCAGACCGCGUGCACGAGUGGUGAGCGGGGGACGCGGCCUCGGCCCUGCUGCGACUGCAGCCGGGGGCGCCGACAGGGCGGGAGCCUGGUGGGGUGCGGGCAGGGGCUCUGAGUGGGUCGCUGCUCCUGCCUGGGGAGAGGAGCCUGGAGAGGACAGGGCUCCCCUGGCCUGCGCCUCCCCCUGGGGCAGAGUCCUGUCCUACCUGGCCCCGUGCUCCCUCCCCAGCGCAGAGCCCUUGGCGGGAUGGUGGGCACCCCUCUCCAGCCCCCCACAGGGCCACAGCUCCCACCUCCCCUGGGUGGGACGCUCAGACCCCACUAGGCACCUUUGCAGGAUGGGAUGGGAUUCACUGCAGCUUCCCAUUGCCUCCCCACGGGGCAGGAGGGUGCGUGGGCUCCACGUGUCCCUGCUGCUUCCCCCGCUGGCCUCCCCUGCUGCCCUGAGCCAGGUUCUGCAGGGCCAGGCCAGGCACACCACUGCCCCCUCGCAAAAAAAAAGUUUAUUUUGAAAUGAAGACGAAGCUGCAGAGGGGCAGCAUUGGCACUCCCAGUCCCCUCCCAGUCCCUGAGAGGGGUGGCCGGGGGUCCCAGCCCCACUGCGGCAGGUGGCCAGGGCUCGUGCUGUCCCCCCCCAGCUCUGGGCUUGCCCUGUCUCUCCUGGCUGAUCCCUGGUGUUCCCAGGCAGCUGCUCUUGCACUCCCCCCGACAUGGCUGGUGCCCCUGGCCACACACUACACUCCCCUGCGUGGUGGGGCCGCUUGUGCCGGGCUGCCUCCCAUGCCCACGGCGCCCAUCCCUGCUUUUCCCUUGGCCAGGGCCCUGCGCGUCAGCUCCGUGGGCAGACGGGGGAUGGGGUGUUCACGGCCACUGGGUGCUGCUGUCCCGAGGAGCCGUGGAUGUGCUCCCACCCCGCUCUGCUCGGGGCCAGCCAGGCAGCCCCGCUCCCCAGCACCCACAGGGACCUGGCUGCCACUGAGGGGCGGCGAGGACUUGAACCAAGGACCAAAGGGCGGCCACGUCCUAGGGCCGGUGCAUGUGCAUGUCCGUGUGUGUGACGCAGGUGCGUUUCUAUGCGCAGCAGAGCUGGGGCUCCGGCCGGCGUCCCACGCCUGGGAGAGCUCGUCCCGCUCCAGCUGAGUGUUGCUUCUCGCCCUGGCCACAUGCAGCACUUGGGCACUUUCUCCUGAGACAAGACAGUUUGUUUUUCUUGCUAAUUUAAUUCCUGGUAAUUUAAUGUCUGGAUCUUGACAACCCCCCCUUUCCUGGUGAAGGUCUGCCCCUCUUUCCCUCUCCACUUCUGUAAGACUCCAGAAGAAAAUGGUACGAAUCAGAAUAAAACGGUACGGAUCAGAAUAAAACUACAGAAUAUAAUGAUA